AUGGUGACCACGCGGGCCAGCCGCGGGCGGUCGGCCUCGAGAGGGGGACGAGCCGCGGGACGAUCAACGUCGCGGACGGCGGCGGCGGUAGCGGCUCAGCGGUCGGGCACGCCCAGCGCACGGCGAGGACGCGGCGGCGGGCGCGGGGGCCGCCAGCGGGCCGCGUCCGCCCCGCGCGGCGCCAGUGGCGUUGGGGAGGUGGAACCCAGCGCGGAACUGGUCGAGCUCCGCCGGGAACUCAGCGACAUGCGCGAGUUAAUCGCGACCCGCGCGGGCACUACUUACCAGCUGCAGGCGGAGAUUGAUGAUCUUCGUCUGAGAUUGCAGGGCAAUGGGGGCGAUGGAGGCGGCGAGUCCGGCACGGACGAACCGGAAGUGGUCAUCUCGAACAUGGCGCCGCCGCCGCGGACGCGUACGGCGGCGACGUCGGCGGCGGCCCUGUCACCCCAAAUACAGCAGCUAAAAAUAAAGGAGGAUCUGCGGGCGUGGCGAAACCCCGCCAACGCCACGCGGUGGUUCCUGACCGGGGAGCGGCCGGUGGGAGCGGCGAUGUCGCUCAACAGCAUGCAGGCAUCGCUGCACGACGUGAUCGGCGUGUCGCCCGCGGUUUUCGCGACGCUUACCGACUUCGCCGCGUUCGACAUCCACAAAUUUGCCGGUCCUGACGAUGCACCCGGCGCCGGUGGCAUCCCGCUGGCGGAACGGCUCGACUUGUGCAUCCAAGCCAUCAUGAAGCUCGCAUCCAGGGGGGGUCUCCUCUGCCGAAGGCCGGGACCGUGUCGCGCUCCUGGAGGAAGGCCUUCGGAAUGGUUGGCACUUGCUUCGCCGGCACUCCAAUGAAUGCCGCAGCCUGAUGCGGAUCGAAGCCAACUACAACGUGAUGGCCACCCUCCUCAACUUCGACCUGAAUCAUUGGGCGGGGCAGCUGGGCGACGCGUCCUCCAUGUUUGCGGGGCAACACGACGCGCCGCCGGGAGCCGGGGAGCUCCCCAACGUCGUGGUGCCGGCGUGG